AUGUCCGCGGUGGCCAAAGGAGUGUCUAGCUAUUGCCCAGAGAGGGGUGUUUCUUUGGCUGUUUCCAAUGACCUGCCGCACCAGCGAUAUCUCCUGAACGUGACCGUGGGUACGCCACCGCAGCCCUUCUCCCUCAUCAUAGACACAGCAAGCGCCGAUUUCUUGCUACCCUUGCCGAACUCGACAGGCUGCGCCCCAGAAGCAUGUCCGCCGGGCUCAUACGACCCUGCCGAUUCUCAGAGCUCGAGAGCUUUGGGUACACCAUAUAACGCCAUCUUCGGCGUGGUGCCAUCGCCAGAAACUACGGCCGAGGGCGCAUAUUUCAGCGACUCCGUUGAGGUCGGAGGGCUUUCCAUUCCGAACAUGACCGUUGCCACAGCUAAUUUCCCGCCCGCUCUGUUCGACGCGGGAAUCUGGGGCAUCAUCGGGCUCGGGUCGCCAUUCCAGGAAUCCCUAUACAACUACCCGAAAAGCCCGGUCUUUGGGAAGGCCAGCGGCUUGGUCCCCACGCUCUGGGAGCAGCUGUAUCUGGAGGGAUACAGCCCCCGGCGGCUCUUCAGUGUUUGGCUCAACCAGCAGUCCGCAGCGGCGGGUACGAUUGAGUUUGGCGGGAUCGAUGACACCAAGUAUUAUGGAGACCUGAAGAGUGUCCCACUGAACCUGAACCCGCAAGGCAAUUGGACAUCGUGGAAUAUCAGCUUGACAUCCGUCGCGUACUCGGACGGUGAAGGUCGUGGCGAGAGCUGGACGGAAGAGGGCUGGAGUGCCAGCGUGAUCUUGGACACCGCGGCUCCAAACAUGUACCUGCCGAGCUUCUUAUACGAGAGCGUUGCGAAGAUAACAGGAGCCCAACCACGCGGGGAAUUCUCCUACGUUCCGUGCACGGUGAGAAAUUCCAGUGAGACACUAAGACUCGGCUUUGGGGAGGGGAGCUCGGGACCGCAGAUCUCGGUGCCGUUCGGGGAGAUUGUAUACCCCUUCGGUCUGCCCGCGAAUAUUGGCGAGGUCCGGGACGACUUCGGGGCAGAACUGUGCUAUCUAGGGGUGAACGCUUCGGCGAACAGCGAGAUACUCUUGCUUGGGGCUACCUUCAUCAGAAGCGCAUAUGUGGUUUUUGACAUUGAAGGGUUGCAGGUUCAGAUGGCGCAGGCAAAGUACGAUUAA